GGGGCACCGUAAGCGCUGCAGGAUGCUGCUACUCGUGCAACAUGGCACAGUCCGGUCAUACUAUUAUUUGAUUAGGGGAAAUUGCGUAACGCUGCUGGCGGAAGACCAGAUUUCUAAGAAAAUCGAACAGCGUCCCUGCUGUUGUGAAACAUCCGGUUUUCCCCCCGUUCCCAGCUCAGGUGGUGCGGUCGGGUUUGGAGCAGGAAGUGGGAAGCGGAAGACUGUGGCCAGGAACGCUGACGACUUUUCUCUUCACAAUUAUUAUUACAUUCUUUAUUCGCAUUAUUCACUUUAAGUACACGUGCAUUUAAGGAGGACAUCGAAGCACACCGUCAUGUGGAAGGCAGCCGCUGGUCAGUCCGUCUCUGUGUCCGUGGAUGAUGGAGGAGAUGAUUGGGAAACCGACCCGGACUUUGAGAAUGAUGUGUCAGAGAAAGAGCAGCGCUGGGGUGCCAAGACUGUGGCCGGCUCCGGACAUCAGGAGCACAUCAAUAUUCAUAAGCUGCGUGAGCGAGUGUCGUCUGAACACACUGAGCUGAAGCAGAAGGAGCUGGAGCACAUGCCCAAGGCGUCUCACGGAUACGGAGGAAAGUUUGGACUGCAGCAGGACCGCAUGGACAAGUCGGCCGUGGGACACGAGUAUCAGAGCAAGCUGUCCAAACACUGCUCCCAGACGGACACCUCCAAGGGCUUCGGAGGUAAAUUCGGCGUGGAAGCGGACCGUGUUGACCAGUCUGCCAUGGGCUUCGAGUACGCUGGGAAAACAGAAAAACACGCCUCGCAGAAAGACUACGCCGCGGGGUUCGGCGGGCGCUACGGGGUGCAGGCGGAUCGUGUGGACCGCAGCGCCGUCGGCUUCGAUUAUCAGGGCAAAACAGAGAAGCACGAGUCACAGAAAGAUUACGCUAAAGGAUUUGGGGGGAAAUUUGGAGUGGAGACUGAUAAAGUGGACAAGAGCGCCGUGGGCUUCGAGUACCAGGGAAAGACUGAGAAACACGAGUCUCAGAAAGACUAUGUCAAGGGCUUCGGAGGGAAGUUUGGCGUUCAGACGGACCGUCAGGAUAAGUCUGCGGUGGGAUGGGAUCAUCAGGAGAAACUGCAGCUGCACGAGUCACAGAAAGAUUAUGCCAAAGGAUUCGGAGGGAAGUACGGUGUGCAGAAAGACCGAAUGGACAAGAGCGCCGGCACGUUUGAGGAGGUGGAGAAGCCCAGCGCGGCGUAUCAGAAGACUCGUCCUGUGGAAGCAGCUGGCAGCGGCGCUGGAAGCAUUAAAGCUCGCUUCGAGAACAUUGCGAAGCAGAACGAAGAGGAGGACAGGAAGAGAGCAGAAGAAGAGCGCGCUCGACGACAGGCCAAAGAGAAGCAGGAGCAGGAAGAGGCACGCAGGAAGCAGGAGGUGGAGAACACUGCAAACGUGUACGAGGUGGAGCCGGUCUCAGCAGAACCCACAUAUGAAGAAGCGCUCCAGGAAGACCUGUACCAGAACCCUGAGCCGGACAAGCAGGACCAGACCGCAGGGGCUCCGUUGUAUGAGUCUGGAGAGGAUCUUGGUGUGACGGCCGUGGCUCUGUAUGACUAUCAGGCUGCGGGUGACGACGAGAUCUCCUUCGAUCCGGACGACAUCAUCACAAACAUCGAGAUGAUCGACGAGGGCUGGUGGAGGGGCGUGUGCCGCGGCGCAUACGGACUCUUCCCGGCCAACUACGUCGAAGUCCGACAAUAGACUCGCUCCAUGCGCUCUCUCCUCGUCAGACGUCGUCCUCGAGUUCAUGCUUCCAGUCCAUCAUCAGCCCUGCUCUCUCUUCUUUCACUGUAGCAUAUCGAGCGUUCCUCUGUCAUUCUGCUUCCUUCAGAUCAACUCUCACUUCCCGUUUCACAUCAAUAGGUGUGUGCGCUUUACUGGAUACAACUGCCAUUAGAGAUUUUAUGAGUUUAUUAACUCAAACACAUACAUCCACAUGAAAUAAGAGACCAAAGAUCUGAGAUCUUCUGGCAUGUUUUAGAGAAAUGAUGUAAUUUGUCAUGAACACAGGCGUCGCCUUAGAGCUGCUCCGUAUGAACACUUUUAGUUAAUUUCCGUGUCUUUUUGAAGUGUUGGGAUUAACUGGGUUAAGUUUGAAAAUAUAAAUGCUCUCAAUCAAUGAAGGCCAAAAUAUAAUGACCUAAUCGUUCACUGCUAAAAAUAACUUUAAAGGUAUUUAAAGGGUUGUGUAUUAAAAUAAGUGGUUAAUGUCUUAUGUGGCGUGAACUGUAUGUCUGAUUUGCAUCGUCUCUCGUGCUUCGUGUCGAUUUGUCUGUAAAUUCUUGACAGGCUCUUGAUGUGGUGGCAGAUUGAUGUCGAUUUUUCUUUGAGUGCAUGACAUUUUUGUGACGCUGAAUUAUUUCGAAUGAUCUGGUGCAGAGGAGUUAAUUCUGUUUAAUGGCUUAGCAGCAACUUAGGAUACAAUCUGUGUUUUGCUAUUUUAGUUAAGUAUGUUUUUCAAACAUAUUGUCUGUGCUUAUCUAUACUGGCUAUCUUUACAAGGUUGUUUUAUAAGAAAUAUCAUUUAAGAAUAAAAAAAUAAAACUAGUAUUUUUCACAAUCUGUUAUGCAGCCACA